CCUUCCUUUCCACUGAACUCCAACCCUCGCUCUCUCUAUCAGCUUCUCAUUCCGUCUCAAUAUGUCUCAAGAUGGCGGCCAAUGCGGGAUCAAUGUUUCAAUAUUGGAAGCACUUUGAUUUACAACUACUGCAGAGAGAACUAGACGCCACCGCCACACAGCUAGCCAACAGACAGGAUGAGAGCGAACAGUCCAGGAAGAAACUCAUCGACCAGAGCCGCGACUUCAAGAAGAACACGCCAGAGGAUGUGAGAAAACAGGUGGCUCCCCUGCUCAAGAGUUUCCAGGGAGAGAUCGAUGCCUUGAGCAAAAGAAGUAAAGAAGCGGAAGGUUCCUUCUUGAACGUCUACAAGAGAUUGAUAGAUGUCCCAGACCCCGCCCCUGUGCUGGAGUUGGGUCAGCAGCUACAGCAGAAGCUCCAGCGGAUGCACGACAUCGAGACAGAGAACCUAAAACUACGAGAGACUCUAGAGGACUACAACAAAGAGUUUGCCGAGGUCAAGAACCAGGGUGAGUCACUCUCACAAACCAAUACAAUGGCGGGAGAAGGGAGGAAGGAAAGAGGUGUGCCAGACACAGUGGAAUAUUUCCUCUAGAAA